GCUCGGUACCUCAGAAGCCUCAGCAUGCGCAGCUACGUCAUCUCCCUCGUCGCCUGCCUCGCGGCCAGCGCCGCCGGUCACUCGUGGAUCGAAUGCACCGACUACCGCAUGGCGGCGCCUGACCAGCCAUGGGACCCGUCGCUCUGCAAGGGCCGCCCACGCUGCAGCGAGCGCCAGACGGCUGCGGGCUUUGGCGUCGAUACAGGCAUGAACAUUGAAAAGAAGCAGUGCCAAUGCGCCUACGGCUCGGACGCAGCCAAGGCGAUCCCGACGGCAACGUACACCCCUGGGCAGCGCGUCUGCCUCGCGUACCCGCCAAAGAACCACGUCGCGGAUACGUGCACGGGCCCGUACAUCCCGGACCAAGAGACGAUCAUCUCGCGGACGGCCCUCGGCGCCACGACCGACGACUUUAGCGGAAAGACGUACGAGCACCUCAACGGCAAGCAUGUCGACGGUAAGAUCGACCACAAGGGGUUCCAGAACUGCCAGAACUUUUGCGCCAACACGGACAAGGCGCUCUGCACCAUGUGCUUUGACCUUGAAGCCGACAUUGCGCCCGGCCAGUACAGCUUCAAGUGGGAGUGGGAGUUCAACAAAGGCCAGUUCUUUACGACAUGCUGGGAAGCAGCCGUGGCCGGCUCCGCGACGCCUGUCGCCGCUGGUGCCACGACGGCUGACUCGCCUCUCCCCGUCGCCUCCUCCAGCCCGACACCUGCGACGAGCUCCGUGCCAGUGGUGCCCUCAGCACAGCCGUCGACGUCGCUUGCAUCGAACGCGUCCACGCCGUCCCGCACAUGCGACCGUUUGAAACAGGAGGCUCUCGCCAUGCAAUGCCCAGCCAUUUGAUUCAGUUGUUCUCACCGUAUACUAUAAACCUAUCUAAAUACCGCCGACAGAGUGUACAUCGUGGCG